AGUCUCAUGGCCUUGAUGUGUGUCUGGAAGGAUGCUACCUUGAUUGAGCAGGAAUGUUUUAUGGUCAUCAUUGUUGUGGAGUUAUUGUUGUUAUUUAAUUUCAAUUCAGCUACCACAUGCAAUUUGGAUAGAAGCCACAGCUACCUGAGGAUUUCUUGAAUCCAUGCUGUCAGAGAGCAUGCGUGGAAUCUGUACUUUGGGUAAUGCCCCUGACGAGAUUAGCUGCCGAUGCAUUCGGUGUGGUGACCAUUUGUCUCGUAGCCAUCUUGACUCUUCUUGGUUUUCUAUGCAUUGUGUACUCAGUUUACUUUCGCUCUCGAAUUUAUCAUCAAGGUUUUGCUCAACUCAAUUAUUUUAGUGGUCCUUGGAUAAUCAGAGUUGCAUUCAUCCUAUUUGCAAUUUGGUGGGGUGUUGGUGAGAUUAUUCGGCUAACUUAUUUAAGACGCAUCCUUCACCUAAAAUGGCACGAAACUGUUUGCAAAUGUUACAUUAUAUCAAAUCUGGGGUUUGCAGAACCAUGCCUCUUCCUUACCCUUGUGUUUCUCCUCCGUGCACCUUUGCAGAAGUUGGAGACUGGGAUUAUGAGCCGAAAAUGGAAUUGGAAUACAGCGGGAUGUAUUCUUCUUUACUGCCUCCCGGUGUUUAUUCUUCAGCUCGUUGUUGUUUUAGUUGGACCUCAGUUAGACAAGAAUAGGGGUUCUGGACAAACGUUGCCUCAUAUUUUUACUAGUACAGCUGCUAGAUCUUCAGUGACAUGGGAUCAAGAUAUUGCCCUCUGUACUUACCCUUUACUCAGUACCAUUCUUCUUGGCCUUUUUGCCAUUAUCCUGACUUCCUACCUUUUUUGGCUUGGAAGAAGGAUUUUGAGACGAGUUAUUAAUAAGGGUUUGCAGAAGAGGGUUUAUACAUUAAUAUUCUCAGUUUCAGGCUUCCUUCCAUUAAGGUUUCUUUUCCUUGGUUUAUCUGUUUUAUCUGGACCUGAGCAAUUUACUUUUGAAGUUCUUGCUUUCUUGGCUUUUCUUGCCCUUGUAUGUUGUGCUGGGGUUUGUAUAUGCAUGCUUGUAUAUCGUCCAGUUGCAGAUUGUUUAGCACUUGGGAAUCUACAAGAUCUAGAGGCUAGGAGGUUUAUUGAUGAUCAUAAUGAUUUUAUGUCUCUCAUUGCUAACCAGAGUCAUCUGGAAGAUUAUGUGCAAGAAAAUGUUGGUUCUAGUCCUGCUAGAGAUUCUGAUGCUUCAACAAAGCGGGGGUCCAUUUCCUUCCGCACAGUGGAAAAUGCUGGGUCAUCAACAGGGCCAUUUGUUGAGCUGAGCCUUUUCUCUCCCAGCAGAAAUGCACAUGGUCCAGGAUCUCCAUCGCUUCGAGGUUGGCCUAUGCGACCCUCAACUCAUGUUAUUGGACCGUGAGCAGGCUAGAAACUGAUUUACUGAGUGAAUGCCUUCAAUUUUGUGGAAAAGUAAAACA